AUGAAUCACGAAGAGAUACUUUCGGUGGUACAGGAGAAGUUUUUAUCGAGUGAACGCGUGACAGCGUUUUUAUGCGAUGCUAAAGUGCUGCAACCUGACUGCAUUAAAAAAGAUAGACUCCUUGCAAUUGUUGAAUAUGGAGAUGAAAAAGCUGUUUUUUGUUUGUUCACCUCAUGUUACCCACCUAAAUCCUUUACUGAUUUAUCAAUAGAAAUAGUACUACCCAUAGAUAAUAGUUUUAAAUGUGAAAUUGAUAAUAAACCAUCGGAUCCUGAAGCAAUUUUGUACCUGAAUCUCCAGUCACGUAAUAGUAAGUUUAAGUUUGAAAUCCAAAUGACUCCUCGGGUCGAUAACUUCGUUGAUGAUUUAUUUCGUGGUAUCGAAGCUGUAAACAAACUUCCUACACAACCUGAGUUUGUUUGGCUCAAAAAAUAUAUUGGCCAAAGAGAAGAUGACAUCAUAGCGCAAACCAUGGUUCUACCUAGAAGUGGAAUGGCUCAUACUCAGGUGUCUGCGCCAGUGACCAUAAGAGAAAGUCUUAUAAAGAGAAAAAUGAGUGAUAAAGAAUUUGAAUACACAUUCACAAAAAGGUUUACAAUAUUUUGUGGUACAUGGAAUGUUAACGACAAGUCACCUGUCAUCCCUUUAAAAGCCUGGUUAUGUGUUGAUAAGGAGCCUCCAGACAUAUAUGCUGUAGGUUUCCAGGAACUGGAUCUAUCCAAAGAAACAUUUCUUUUUGAUCAGACAUUCAGAGAAGAUGAAUGGUACAAUGCAGUUAGAAGUAAUGUUGAUCCUAGGGCUAAGUAUGUUAAAGUUGAAAUUGUAAGACUUGUAGGUAUGAUGCUUAUAAUAUUAAUAAAAGAAAAGCACAUGUCACAUGUGCGUAAUGUGGUCUGUGAUACAGUAGGAACAGGAAUUAUGGGUAAAAUGGGUAACAAAGGUGGUGUUUCUAUAAGAUUUGAUCUCCAUAAUACGUCAAUAUGCUUUGUCAACUCGCAUUUAGCUGCCCAUGUAGAAGAAUAUGAGAGGCGUAACCAAGACUUUCGAGAUAUAUGCAACCGUACAAGGUUUGUUCAAGCAAAUCAACUGCCAAAAGCAAUAAAAGAUCAUGAUCAAAUUUACUGGUUGGGAGACCUUAACUAUAGAAUCACAGAAUUGGAUCCACUUAGUGUGAAGAAAAUGGUAAAUGAAAAUAAUUUUGCUCCUGUUCUGGAGUGGGACCAGCUCCGACAACAGCACAAAAUUAAUAAUGUGUUUGCUGGGUAUACUGAAGGGACAAUCACAUUUAAACCUACAUAUAAAUAUGAUCCAGGCACGGAUCAUUGGGACUCUAGUGAGAAGAACCGAGCCCCGGCAUGGUGUGAUCGAAUCUUUUGGAAAGGUAAUAAUGUUACACAGUUAGCUUACAGAAGUCACCCAGCUCUAAAUAUCAGCGAUCAUAAGCCUGUGUCAGCGCUAUUUACAUCUGCAAUAAAAAUUGUUGAUGAAGAAAAAUAUAGAAAGAUAUAUGAAGAAGUUAUCAAGCAACUUGACAAGUUGGAGAAUGAGUUAAUACCCCAAGUUAAAGUUGAUGUAACUGAAAUUGAUUUUGGUACAGUAAGGUACUUAGAGUUACAGGUACGCUCCAUCACAAUAAAGAACACUGGUAAGUUGCCAGUUGAAUUUGAGUUCAUUAAUAAGAUGGAUGAAACAAGCUUUUGCAAAGAGUGGCUUAUAGUAGAACCAUACAAGAAGUGUAUUUGUGCUGAUGAGUCAUGCGAAAUUCAACUUAAAGUACUUAUAAAUAAAACUUCAGCCUGCAAAAUGAAUGCAGGAACUGAUAAACUUUAUGAUAUACUUGUAUUACAUUUAUAUGGGGGUAAAGACAUUUUCAUCACUGUUAAUGGCACAUACCAAAGAAGCUGUUUUGGGUGCUCUAUAGAGGUUCUAGUUAAUCUUAAUAUACCAAUCAGGGAGGUACCUGUUGGAAAAUUGAUUGAGCUAGAAAGCAAAAGAGACCAAUGCAUUUCAAAUCAGUCUACCUACUCUAUACCAAAAGAGAUUUGGUUCUUAGUAGAUCAUAUAUAUUUGCAUGGAUUAAAGGAACCUAAUUUAUUUGAACAACCUGGUUUGCAUUCUGAAGUAUUGCAGAUCAGAGAUUGGUUGGAUGCUGGUUCUAUAGAUCCAAUUCCUGGAAGUAUCCAUUCAGUAGCUGAGGCAUUACUCCUCUUGUUAGAAAGUACUGCUGACCCAAUAAUUCCAUACAAUCUGCACCCUGUUUGUUUAAGGGCCUGUGCUAACUAUUUACAAUGCAAACAAAUAGUAAUGGAGUUGCCAGAGUUUAGAAAAAAUGUUUUUCUUUACUUAUGUGAAUUUCUCCAAGAAGCUCUACAGCACAGUGAUGAGAAUGGACUAGAUGCAAAAACAUUAUCUACAUUAUUUGGCGCCAUAUUUUUAAGAGAUAAUCCAAAUGUGGUUCAAGAACCACAGUCUCGAAUAAACAAACAAAUUAUUGAUAAGAAAAAAGCACAGUUCGUUCACCAUUUCUUAGUGAACGAUCACAGUGACUUAAUUUUUUCUAGGUAA